GGAGGCAGCAGACACACACACAGACACAGACACGUAGUAGGCGGAGGCAAGAGGCCACACACACACACACACACACACACGUUGGAGGGAACCCCAUCAGCUGGUGGAAGCAACACACAGCUUUAACUUUUAUUUUUCUAACUCCGCUCUUAAGAUUCACAUAUUUUGAAGUGGUGUUUUAGAUAUGCGCCACUGAGGAGUACAGCGAGAGCACUGCGGUAAAACAAGAAACGAGCAGCCUUAUAUUUUAACAAGGGAGCAGUGGAGGGAGAAAAAACAGAAAACACGGACCAGAGAAGGUGGCUUUGAAAGCAUGGAAUAUUUCAUGAUGCCGACAGAGAAGAUACCGUCCUUACAGCAGUUCAAGAAGACGGAGAAGGAUGUUAUAGGGGGUCUCUGCAGCCUGGCCAACAUCCCCCUCAGUCCAGAGACGGCCCAGGACCAGGAGAGACGAAUCCGCCGUGAGAUCGCCAACAGUAAUGAACGUCGGCGCAUGCAGAGCAUCAAUGCCGGCUUCCAGUCCCUCAAAACACUCCUGCCCCACACAGAUGGAGAGAAACUCAGCAAGGCGGCCAUCUUGCAGCAGACAGCAGACUACAUCUUCACCUUGGAGCAGGAAAAGACACAGCUCCUGGCACAGAACAACCAACUCAAACGCUUCAUCCAGGAGUUCAGUGGUUCGUCACCGAAGAGGAGGCGAGCUGAGGAGAAGGAUGAAGGGAUCGGGUCUCCAGACACACUGGAGGAGGAGAAGGUCGAGGAGCUGAGGAGGGAGAUGUUAGAGCUGCGGCAGCAACUGGACAAGGAGCGCUUGGCUCGUAUGCAGCUGGAGGAGCAGGUGCGCACUAUGGACACCCAGCUGCACCCAGAGCGUCUGAAGGUGAUCACCCAGCAGGUGGAGGAGGAGCAGGCGCUCAUCCAGAGCCAGACGCUGUUACGGCUGCAGCAGAUCCACGCCGCUGACAGACAAACACACAGUCCACAGGUGCUGGCCCCCCCCACUCCUCCCGCUCCAACCCAUCACCCCACAGUCAUCGUUCCAGCUCCGACACUAACCCAGCACCCCCACCAUCACGUCACCGUAGUGACCAUGAGCCCAUCUGUCCACACCAGCACUGUGUCCACGUCCAGACAGAACCUGGACACCAUUGUGCAGGCCAUCCAGCACAUUGAACGCACACAGGAGAGGAGAGCCAGCGCCGAGGAGGAGCAGAGAAGAGCCGUCAUCGUCAGCCCAACCCAUGUCGCCAUGGACACCGCUUGCUCGGACACAGAUACCGACACAGAGGGAGAGGACUGCUCGAUGAACUGAUCCACCCCCCACCAACGAACAUACACACACAAACACUUAACAUACCUACUCACUGUAAGAUUCCCUCCAGGAGCUUGACUACUCUUUAAAACAAAUCUGUCUUUGGCAUUAUCCAAACUAAAUCCAGUGGUUAAGCUCAGUGUCAGUCUUGUACUGUAAAAAUCUCUGAAGAUUGAAAACAUAGGAUGGUCAGCGUGCAGAGGAGGCCCUGUGUGAUUUCUAAUGUCUGAGCCCGGUCUGUCGCUACUAGCAACCCUCGGGGUCUCCUCGUGUAAAAAGCUCUCAGCAUCCAUCCGUCCGUCGUGUGUUUAUGUGUGCUACAUACAGUCACAGUAUCAGUUACCUGUCGUCACUGGCACGCUGACAGUAUUACUUGUGAUACAAACUGAUGGAUUUGAUAUAAUGGAGAGUUGAAUGUAACAACACAACAAGCAAGCAGCUCUUAAUUCUGAAAAGGGACGUGGAGUUGCAGUUAUUUCUUCCCCAGUCUUAAUUUUGUUUUUCUUUAUUUCCUGGUUCGUUUAUUCUAGUGCCAGUGGCCAUGAAACCCAACUUAUACUACAACUGAGGGCAUUUCUAAAUUUUAAAGUUUGGGAAAAAUACACACUUAAUUGCAAAAUUAAUUUGAAGAUACACGUGGAAAGAAAAAGUCUGAUUUACUUGAAAAAAAAGGUUGUGUUUUGAUAUCUAAAUAAGCCCUUAAAAAAUAAGCUGAUGAACAAUUUACAUUAAUCAUCUUUUGGUUUUUAAUGUUGUUCAUGUUUUUGUUAACAUUUUUUUUUAAUCUGUCAGGAUUACUGAAUGUUGAAGGUGAACAUUUUGUUAUAUUGAGAUUAACAACUUAAAAUUGGAGGUUUGUCAGGUUUUCACAGGGAACCUGGAGGCCUUUCAGUUAAAUUCAACAAAAGUCUGUUUCAGUUUUGAGCCAGUCAAAGUCGGACUGACUCAAAACUGAAAUUAUCCAGCGUUGUUGGUGAUGGUGGUUGUUGCAGCCCUAACUUUAACAAAAAACAAACCAAAUGUUGGUUUGUUGCUUGAAAACAUUUACCAGCAUUUUGUCUCUAACUGGUGUUAACCUUUAGUCAAUCUCAGACAAUUUCACAGAGUCAGACUUGGUUCUCAAAGGUGAGAAUAUAAGUUUGGCUGAUGUGAAAGUAUGAGAGCAGAUUUUAGACGAUUCACAUGCUAACAAAGCAUGAAGGCCUCCAGUGUCCCUCCAAAGACUUCAGUCUAUCUUCUGGUCUUGGUUUGUUGAUUUCAGUGACUAUGCACUAGAGUUUUUUGCUAUUUAUGCAAUCCCAUCUUCAGUACAUUUGUUGGUGUCAUUUAUACAUGAGGUGAAGUUAUCUAUGCACCGUUGGUAGGUGUGUGCAUUACACCUACAGUAUACGUAUGAAAACUUGACAUGCUUGUAUCAAAGAAUGUAGUAGUCUCUACUUGCAAGGUGCUCUUUGUCAACCUGGUGCUCUGCUGGCGAGCAGUGAGCUGAGGCCAAAACCCUUCAUGUAACUUCACACUUGAUCACAUUUCCUGAUUUGUUUUCCUUCUUCUUUUUAGGGAAAUGAUAUUUGUCAUUUCCACAUUUUGAAAAUGGCUCAAGAGACUAGGGGAGCAGGGAGCGUCUGAUAACAAAUGGCAACCCAGUUUGUGUUGUCUCAUUGUGAUAUUUGCUCAUGUAAAAAAGUAACUUUCAAAACAUCGUUAGGAUCACAUCUUAAUGAACUCCAUUCCAAAAAUCAUUUUUUUAAAACAUGUAAAAAGAGUAUUCAGCAGCUUUAGUUGGAAAACUAAGCAUGUAACGAUAGAUCAAUGUUUUCAGCGCAUCAAAUGCCACAAAAAGUGCUAAACCCGUGUUCAGUGAGACUGAAAUUUGGAUGAAAUGGACUGAACUGAAUUGCAGAUCUUCCUCCAAUAAUCCCCAUCUCUUUGUAAAACGCACCAAAUCUGUCCACCUCAUGUUACGUUGCUUGUAUUUCUCCCCCGGGAAUUUGACUGGAAAUCCCUGCUUCAAGCCUCUCUCUCCUGUCAUACUCAAUUUGAUACGCUGACUUGAUGCUGUAAACAUUCCUUUUUAUUUGGAUUUGUAUCUGUCUUUUGAUCUCUUACAUGUUCUGUUGCCAAUUGAAUGCAUGUUACUAAUUGCUGUUUUCUCUUGUCUAAAGCAGGCUUUUGUUUUGACAUUUUGUUUAUUUUUUUUGCAGAUUUUCCCUUUUUUUUUUUUUUUCCAUGAUCACAUGAUCAUGGAAACACAUCACUGAUGCGUUCAGUGUGAAACUGUCUUGUGUGAGAUGUGUGGACACUAUUCACUCACUGACAUCAGUUUUAUAUCUGGUUAGAUUAGUAUUUUUCAUGCCAAACAAGGGGGGUGGGAGGGGACUCAUAUUUUGUUAGUGAAGCUUUGUUAAAGGGUUCGGUGUUCUGCUGACAGAUGGUAAGCCACAGCCUGAGUCUUGCUGAGGUUUGUUAUUGGUCAGAAAAACACUUUACCCCCAAAUGUUUCUGUACGUUGUGUUGCAGCACUGCUGUCUUUUUGGUGGAAUUUAGAGAUAUUUGAUAUGAAGCACUUGCUGUUCUGUACUGCCUGAAUCAAUGAUGAGGAAGAUUUUUUUUUAUUUUUAUUUUUUGCAAUUUAUUUUUCGUAAGCUCUUUGCUGUGACGCAAUUUAACAUCUGUUUAUUGUGUUCUCUGCUUUUCUGUCUUUUCAUUUGUCUUUCUUGUCCCAUUUUCCGUUUUUCGGUGACAAGCAUUUUUUAUAUUUUUUGUGUGAUUUUUGUUUUUCUGUUUUUUUUUUUUUUCCAUCAGUCCAGGUCGAUGAGAAGCUGUUAUAUUUUGUUUAUAAAAAACUUGGGUAAACAGGCCUUUGUAAAGAUGAAAAAAAAAUAAAAUUUGUACUUUUUUUAUUACA